AUGGCUGUCCUCACCAACCUACCAAUCGAAAUUCUCAACAAGAUUUGCACUUCACUAUGCUGUCAUUGUCGACAAAACAAAGUGCAGCUCGAUAAAUCGAGCGCGCCCGACAUCUCGAAUGAAGACUACAGUGAGCGACUUGGGCUACGCAAUCUGUGCCUCACAUCACGGUCACUACGCUACGUCGCCCAACCAAUUCUCUACCACGUUUUUCUGCACCACUGCAACAUGAACUGGACAAAAAGAGAAACGCACUUAAUACCUCGGUUGUUUCGUUUACUAAGAACUAACAAUGAGAACCCCCAACUUUCAUUCUGCAUCAAGUCCGUCGACAUCAAAGCUUAUGAAGAGAAGUGUGAUUGCUGUUCACCAACGGCUGACUGCGCGACCGACGAAGAGACUGUUCAAGUCAUGCGGUUCUCCGAAAGGACAGGUCUCUAUGUUGAUCUCCUCGACGUGGAUUACGAUACACUCCCUGAGAUUCUUACUCAAUUUCUGUUGACUGUGACGCCAAAUCUUCAGAAACUAAGCCUGUGCGUCCCACGUUGGUGGUACUUUCAGCCGCCGGAAACAUGGAUCCAUGGACAUAAUGAGUCAAUGACAUUCCUGAGCCAGGUUCGGCACAUGGAUCUGGAGAUUGAGCGCCAUGCCAACGACAUGUGCUUUGACGAGCACGACGAGGACACGUGUUUUCAUCCCACCGCGCCGAGUCCUGUCGAACGUCUGCUUAUUGACAAUGCUUCGAAUCUCGAGAUUUCUGGGAGAGUAUUUCAGGGUGACGAUUUGCGAAUGGACCCAAGCCGGCCGUACCCAAUGACCUCCCUCGCCGAUUUCACGGCUCUUGAAACCAUCAAUCUCGAGGGCUAUAUGAUAUGGCCGCAUCGGAACGACGGAAGUACGAUCCAAGACGUGGAGUCAGACUUGCAGCGUCUACCAAAGUUUUUGCCCCAGUGCGUACAGCAGCUUCACAUUGACAUGGAUGGCUGGCUCAACUAUGGAGAUGAAAACCUCAGGUCAUUAGCCAAGGCUGUGGCAAAUGGGAAAUUCCCCUACCUGCAGACGGUGAUCUGGGGCAUGAUACAUGACCGCCGACUCCUCCGGCGUGAGACUUGCAACAGGGCGUGGGAAAUGGGCGAGGAAUGGAGGGAAAAAACCGCACAACAAGUCGAAAGCCGCAUGCGUCGUGGUUAUCAUGAGGCAUUUCCAGACUGGAGAGCUGAAUUGUUGGAGUCUGCGGCCAAAGAGGCUUGCUGAAGUACCUUAGUCAUGGAGUUCAUUCGCCACAGCUACCACGUAUGCAGUAUGAAAAGUUUCAGGUUUUGACGAUAACAACGGCUAUGAAACAUGAAAACAGUUUCAACUGAAAACACAGUGACCAGUUCUGGACUUGAGCCACCAACUACC